CAGAGAGAGUGGUGAGGUGCUGGAACAGCUGCCCAGAGAGGCUGUGAAUGCCCCAUCCCUGGAGGUGUUCAAGGCCAGGUGGGAUGGGGCCCUGGGCAGACUGGUCUGGUAUUAAAUGGGGAGCUUGGUGGCCCUGCGUAUGGAAGGGGGUUGGAGCUUCAUGAUCCUUGAGGUCCCUUCCAAACCUGGCCAUUCUGUGAUUCUGUGACUUCAAGUCUGAUUCCCUCUCUGUGGGGAGAGCUCCUUAGGUACAAGGAAAAAGUCUUUUACAGUGAGGGUGGUGAGGCUCUGAAACAGGUCACCUAGUGCUGUGGUUGAUGCCCUGUCCCUGGAGGCUUUCAAGGCAAGUCUGGAUAAGACCCUGGGCAACCUGAUCCAGCUGUGUUGUCCCUGUUCAUUGCAGGGGAGUUGUACUUGAGGGCCUUCUAACUCUAAGGAUUUUAUGGUUCUAUGAGAAGUGAUGUGUGUUAAGAGAUGGCAGGUGGUCAUUCAUUUUUUCCAGUGUUGCUUCUUAAAUGAGUCAUCUGACUCUUAAAACACUGGAGUGCUACAGGAUAAAAAUAAGCUAGAAAGUAUUUCUCUUAUUUGGUGACGGGGGUGUGAUGGUUGUUGUCAGAACAAUCUUUGCUUCAGCAGCAGUGCUGUGUUACUGCUUGGGAAGACGGAGGAGUUGCAACGACGUGAAGAAACACGGAGAUAUGUGAAAAUAGUACUGAAAAUGCAACUUAUAAGAAGAGAAGUUCAGUUAAAGCACACGAGGACGAGCCUAGAAACCCCUUGUGGCAGGUACAAGCAGAGGUUUCGGCUUCAGCAGGCUGACUGCUUCUUGUGGCAGGAAAACGAUAGAAGUCAUUACAAAGACAAUUGGAAAUGACCUAGACAUGUACCAACACCAGUUCCUGGAACUUCGUCAAAGACUAUUGUAUGCUGAAAAAGAAAAUAAGAAAAGAUCACGUGAGCUGAGCAGUGCCCUCAAUGAAAUAAAACAUAUAGUUGCAAAAAGAAUUAACUCGACGACCAAUCAUACAGAUGGUAUGAAAGUAUUAAAUGACACCAGAAAACUCCCCGUGCAUCUUACAAACCUGUACUACUACCUACCUCACCUCCAAGAACAUGAAGAUGCCAUUUUUCCAAAUGUUGUUAUUGGACAACAGAGAACUGGAGUCUCACUGGUGAUGGGUGUUCCUACUGUGAAAAGGGAAAAACAAAGUUACCUGAUGAGCACGCUUCGUUCCCUAUUGCAUGGACUUUCUGAAAAGCAGAAGAAUGACUGUGUGAUCAUCAUCUUUGUAGCAGAGGUGAAUGCAGAAUAUGUUAAUGGUGUUGCAGAAAGUAUUAAAACCAGCUUCCCCAGAGAGGUGCAGUCUGGAGUCCUAGAGAUUAUUUCUCCUCCUGCUUCUUAUUAUCCUGAUCUUUCCAACGUGAAGAAAACAUUUGGGGAUUCGGAGGACAGAGUAAGGUGGAGAACGAAACAGAAUUUGGAUUAUAGCUUUUUAAUGCUGUAUGCUCAACCUAAGGGAACAUUUUAUUUACAGCUGGAGGAUGAUAUUGUAGCCAAACCUGAUUACAUUCGAAGCAUAGAAAACUUCGCUGCUGAACAGUCCCAAGAGUGGAUGGUUCUUGAGUUCUCCCAGCUUGGAUUUAUUGGAAAAUUGUUUAAAUCAGAAGACUUGCCGCUUAUAGUAGAGUUUUUUCUGAUGUUCUAUAAAGAUAAGCCCAUAGACUGGCUUCUGGACCACCUGCUCUGGGUCAAAGUGUGCAAUCCAGAAAAGGAUGCAGCACACUGUGAAAAGGAAAAGGCAAAGUUACGUAUCCGUGCUAAGCCAUCUCUCUUCCAGCAUAUGGGAUUUCAUUCAUCACUGUCUGGGAAGAUACAAAAUUUGAAAGAUAAAGACUUUGGCAAAAGUGUGCUACAUAAAGCACAUAAUAAUCCGCCUGCAAAACUGGCUACGAGUCUAAGAAUAUACCAGCAAUAUACCUUGGAAAAUGUUUAUGAAGGAAAAGGCUAUUUUUGGGCUUCAUCUCCAAUGGCUGGGGACUAUAUCAGCUUCACCUUUCUGAAGCCACUAAAAGUAGAAAAAUACUUCUUUAGAAGUGGAAAUAUGGAUUACCCUGGUGAUAUACUAUAUGACACUACUGUGGAAGUGUUGCCAGCUGAUGAAGCUGUAAGGAAAGUACUGGUUGGCAACAGAAGUAAAUUUAACUACACUGCAACCAAAGAUGGAUAUUUAAAGAUAGGGGCUUUUGAAAAUGGAAUUGCAGCAGGCAAUAUUGAUCCAUCAGUAGGAGAAAUACUGGCUAUUCGUUUAUUAGUCCAUUCUGAUUCCCCUGUUUGGGCAAUACUGAGUGAGGUACUUAUCAAGAUGUCUGAAAACUGAGAACUGGAAAAAGUAUACUGUUGACACGUUACUUGUCACAGGCUUGUUUUGAAGACUAAUCUAACAGCAAAAAAAAACCUGAGAGGAUACAUAAAAAUCCAGACCCAAUACUGUGUAUUGGCAGCGUGGAGAUCAUUGCUAACAACUUGUAAAAAUUAUUAAAUCCUUAUGUAACAAAUAUUAAAAGCUAUGCAAAACCUCAUUAUGUUAGAAACUUCCAUAAGAUGCUGUUAAGCUGUUCUGUACAAAAAUUGUCUCAGUUGGACAGCAUUACAUAUCACUGUAAGCAAUGGACAUUGCAGGCAAUCUCAGGGACAAAACAGGACAGUAUAUUUCUAGUUCACUAGAACUAAAUAUAUCAACAUUUGGGGGGAAUAUUAAGGACGUGGUUUGCAAGUGCAUUAAGAACACUGGUCAGUUUUGAAGGGAAACUAGAACUGAAGGAAAAACUGUCAGUAUUUCAUGCAAGUACUUACAACACUUCACCAGAGAAAGGAUUAACUUAGCAAUAUGGAAGUGGGUCUCAAACAUACCACGUUUUAGCCUUAAUGUAGCAAAAGGUAUGUUUAGUUUUAUUAUUUUUAAAUGGAAAUCGCUUAUUAGCUACCAUUUGAAUAACUUGAAAGUCAAAGAGGUAUUGUACAGAGGCUUGUACAACUUUUCUGUGAAUUGUGCAUUGAAUUAACUACAGGAAAUAAUUGGUGUAACACAUGUAACUAUAUUUUUGUGGGAAGAAUAUCUAUUUAAAUAAAAUUUUGUAUCCUGCCAUUUGAUAAUCAGUAUGUCCUGAUACUUCUAUGCUGGUCACGAGCCAAAACUAGGCACAAACUUGAAAAUAAAUGGCAAACUGCAGUAGUCUCACUUGAGGUGUUUUUGGGAAACGACACCUUGAACGUCUAUCUGUGAUGUGCAGACUUCAUUUAUCACUUUUUUAGCACCUGAAGCUCUGAAAAUAGUUUGGUAACUUACAAUAUUCUUUAAAGUACACAUACACGUAUUUGGCUCCACACAUGUACGUAUGUAUUUUGUGGACCAGGUAUUGCAGCCUUCACUAGGUUAAAAAUGUAGUGCAGUUUAACAAUUAAUGCAGUAAUUUCAAGUACUUAAGGGUACACAGAGGGAAACUUCAUUAGCCAAAAACAUUGACACUCAAAAGGGUUUGGUGACAACAGUGGUCAAACUACAGCCACUGCAAUCACAGAACACACUUCCCAUUACUUUAAUGUAAAUGAGCCUUGUAAAUGUUCAGAAGUAAGCAAUGAAUUCCUACAUACGCGCUGUUCAGUAAAAUUUUGCUGAGUCCUAUGCUUUCCUGUGCUUUAUGGAGGAAGAGAUUUCUUGCAGUGUCUGUGGAACCGUGGCUCAACUGUAUGAUGAAAGGAACCUCAGGAGAAGGACUCUGAAUUUUCAGUGAAGGACUGAAUUACAGAAUGGCCAGGGUUGGAAAGGACCUCA